CUAACAGGCCGGACAGAGCAGGUCGCGCUGAGGAGGGACACACAGACUCUCACACAGAAAAGAAGAUCAGUAGACAGACGUGUGGAGAGAGAGCGAGAUAGAGAGCUGCAGAGGGCUCGUGUAUGAAGCAACUGGCUAAUGACAAGAACUCACCAGAGGAAGAAAUGAGUUUUGGGGCCGCAUGCAUUUUCCUACGAGGAGGCAAAAACAUUACAAGGGAACUGGCUGAUGAUGAGAUUGAUGAGCUGCGUGAUGCGUUCAAUGAGUUUGAUAAAGAUAAGGAUGGGCUGAUCAGCUGUAAGGACCUGGGCAAUCUGAUGAGAACGAUGGGAUACAUGCCCACAGAGAUGGAGCUGAUCGAGCUGAGUCAGAACAUCAACAUGAACCUGGGUGGUAAAGUCGACUUUGAGGACUUCGUAGAGCUGAUGGCUCCAAAACUUCUGGCCGAGACGGCCGGGAUGAUCGGUGUGAAGGAGCUGAAGGAUGCUUUUAAAGAAUUUGACAUGGACGGAGACGGAGAGAUCACGACAGCAGAGCUUCGCUCAGCCAUGAUUAAGCUGAUGGGAGAGCACAUGAGUAGGAGGGAGAUAGACGCCAUAGUACAAGAAGCAGAUGACAACGGAGAUGGCACAGUAGACUUUGAAGAGUUUGUCAGAAUGAUGUCCCAUCAAUGACAGUCGAGGAGCGUCAUCAAAGAAAGCACCUUUGCACCUAUCAUUAGUCCUGAAGCUGUCUGUGUAUGAAGGAUUCACUUGUAUAUAUUAAGAACGAACACUGAUGUUAAGUAAUUAAGCAAUAUGAAGUCGACCUCAGACAUAAGUUUAUAGCUAUGCAAAACCUGACCGUCAUGUGCUGAGACAUUUAUAAGAUUUAAUAUAAUCUAAGAGGAUGUGUGAAUAUAUGGAUUUGUUUGACGAUUUGAUGAUUGUGUGUACAGGAAGUCUUUUUGGAUUGAUUUGCUGAACUAGAUUGAAUUUUGCUAAUGGAAUAUACCGUAUUUAUUCUGACAGUGUUUCAUAAUUUAUCACUGCAACAUUUAAAUUAAACUACUACACUUAUACGUUUACAGUAUUUAUCAUGGACUUGUUGUAUUACCUACCUUAAAUUCAACAAGUUAGACCCUGCUUGCAAGCAUGUGCAGAUAUAAAAUAAAACAUGUUCACUUUG